GUAGGUAGUGUCUGAACCUGCAGCUUCUCGAAGUGUUUCCCAGCGCCAGUUUGUGCUUGCUUCUGAUGCACAUGCAGGGAUAGUGACCUGAACCGCAGCAACAAACCAUGAACUGCAACCGUUAUCUAUUAGAGCCGAGUCCGAUUUGUCCGUGAAGUCAACAGGCGAUGACCGUGAUGUACUUUUUUCGGGAGAAAGCUGCAUUUUCGAUGUUCAGGUUAAGGCCUACUUGUUAGAUCCCCAUCCCCGUCCCUCCUGAAGCGCAUCGUGAUGGCUGAAGAUCAGCAGCAGCCUGGCCCUGGAGUAGCAGCACUGCCUUCCGUGGUUCAAGGAUUGCAGGGGGCUGAAGCGAAUGCACUGCAGCUCAAAAUAAAGAGCUCAAUCUGCAAAACUGUACAAUCAAAGGUGGAUUGCAUUUUGCAAGAUGUGGAGAAGCUUACAGACAUUGAAAAACUCUACCUCUAUCUCAAGUUGCCUUCUGGACCCAGCAGUGGCAAUGAGAAAAGUGAGCAGAGCUCCAUGACAUCAAGUCGUGCCCAGCAGAUGCAUGCAUUCAGCUGGAUUCGUAACCACCUUCAAGAGCAUCCCGAAACCUCACUGCCUAAACAGGAAGUCUACGAUGAGUACAAGAGUUACUGUGAUAGCCUGGGGUAUCAUGCUCUCAGUGCUGCAGACUUCGGAAAGAUCAUGAAGAACGUCUUUCCCAACAUGAAGGCGCGUCGACUUGGCAUGCGAGGCAAAUCCAAAUAUUGCUAUAGUGGACUGAGGAAAAAGACUUUUGUGCACAUGCCCUCUCUACCCAACUUGGAUAUUCACAAAUCAGGUGAUGGGUUUGAGGUGUUUGAGCCUACUCUUCAGCUGUCCUGUGCAGAAGAUGAGGUGCGAAUGGCCGCAUGUGGUUUGGUGUGCGAAUGGGCGCAGAAAGUGCUGAGUCGCCAGUUUGACAGCGUUGAGGAUCUGGCUCGGUAUCUUUUGAACAGCCACUAUAUUGGAACAAAGUCUUUGGCUGCACUCACUGUAAUGACCGGUUCCCCCUCAGGGGCAAAGAUGUCCAUAGAGUCAUCUGCAUUUGCUCCCAUGGCUGAUGCACAUUCAUUCCAGCCUCAGGUUAAAACCUUGGUCUCACCCUCUGUAGAUGCUAAACAGCAGCUACAAAGGAAAAUACAGAAGAAGCAGCAAGAACAAAAGCUGCAUUCUCCACUCCUCUGUGAAGCUCAGGCCAGGAAGGCAGAUGGGGGCACAACUCCUGGGGCAGGGACAGGCAUACCCUGUGGAAGUCCUGCGCUUCUCUCACCACAGCCAAUUGGGAUUGUGGUGGCAGCUGUUUCCAGCCCCAUCACGGUUCAAAGGAGUAGGCAGCUGAUGUCUCCUAGCCCUGUUCCUGUGGCAGCUUCAGAAAGCAAAGUUCUACCUGUAAACUUUCAGGUAGUUACCCAGCCUGUGAAGCAGUGCCCCAAAACUCCUCAGAACUUCUCGGCUAGUCCAGUCCAUGACCGGUCAGCCCGUCACCGGUAUGCUCAAAUCCUGCCCAAACCAUCUGCCUCUAGUGGCAUAACCCUGCGCUCACCAACCCUCCUCAUUACUAAUAGCCCCAUCAAAACUGUAAUGUCAACUCCCCACGUCAGUUCGGUCAACGUAGUCAAGAUGACGACUAUAUCCCUGGGGUCCAGUGGCAGUGGGAUCAGCACACCAGCAGAUAAACCUACUAGUAACAAAGUCAGGCCUGCGUCUGCUGGAGUUGCCAGCCUCAGCGAUGAUCUACAACCAGUGACACGUGUUCGCAGUGGGUCAAUAGCUGCAAUGCCUUCUGUUUUGGCAAGGCCAGGGCGCUCAACUACCACAACACCUGUCAUCUACACUAAGACAAAUACCGAAGCCAUAAUUGGGAGAGGUCAACCACAAGGUGGUACUAGUAGGCUGGCAGCCACUCAGGAAGCCACUGGUGGUGUACAGCGUUCAGGAUUGCUCAAACCCAGAGCAGUUAGCGUACCCUCUCCUUUGGACACUCUACCAGGGUCCAAAUGCAAUGGGAGGACACUACCUAGUGGCAAAACUCUGGCUGCUGGCAGCAAUAAUAACUCCAACACAAAUAACAGCACUUUGUACCAGAACACAGCCAAUCAGAACUCAAUCAGCGCUCAGCCAAUCAGUGGUAAUGGAGCUGGGAUAUCACCAAAAGAUACAGUGUUUGCAUCUAAGAGCCCUCACAAAAGACCUGGCUUAUGCACUGAUUUGAGUCCAACACCUAUUAAAAAAGCUCUCAUCUCUCAACUACCAGCAGGUGGACUGAAUGGACCUAAGCCAGAUAUAGUGGGGAAGCAAAUUCCAAGAUCAUGUACUCCAGUCAGGCCAGAAGGUUCACCUCUCACAGCCACAGGCAAAACUAUUGCAGCUACGGUAAGGACUACUGGGUUCCAGACAGUUUGCAGGCCACAAAAUAUCUCCCAAGGCAAAUGGGAAGGAUCCACAUCAGUAAUGGAUUAUAGAGUUCCUGUCACCUCUACAACAAGCACUUCUUGUCAAGACACUUUAGUUGGGAAUACCAAGUUUCAGAGUAUUUGCAGGCCACGAAGCAUUUCCCAAGGGAGAUGGGAAGGAUCUCCAUCAGGUGUAGAAAGUACAGUUGUGGCCACCCGCACUGUUAGUGCUCCUGGUCAAGCUUUGCUGCAAAAAGUAACCAAAAACUCACAUGAUUUGCAUAUAGACCAGUCUGACUUAUCUGCAGUAUGUGAACUAAAGAGUGUGUUUUGGGAUAAUGAGCCGCAUGAUGGCACUCAACCACAUCAAGAAGUUUAUGGCCCACAAAUGGUGCCUGAGAAAAAGCAAAUGUCCACCCCAGUGAUGGAGCCUCUCUCAGUGAUUCCUCAAGCCUCUCCACCCAACCAGCAGGCUCAAAUGAGUGAAUAUGGAACCCAGUCAAACGUCAGCUUUUUCCCGUUUAAUGAUGAUGACAUGACCCAGGAUAGCAUUGUAGAGGAACUCGUACAAAUGGAAGAGCAGAUGAAAAUUAAUAGUAGUAUGCAAAGUUUUGGCAGCUGUGUGGAUGUUACACUGCAAGGCCAACAACAAACCAUGAUGUCCACCCUCCAGACCAACACUCUGUACUACAGCUCAGCUCAAAGCAGAAGCACCCCAAUCCAAACACCCACUCCAACACCUACUCCCACUUCUGAGAUGAUGGGAGGUGGCCAGGGAUUGAUGCAUGAAAGCCCCUGCUCACGCCUAGUGCCUACCACUCCCGUUGACGGUGCUCUUGGAAGUAGUCGCCAAACUCCUAUUGGCACGCCACACUCGAACUGCAGCAGUAGUGUCCCACCCAGCCCUGUGGAAUGCAGGAACCCAUUUGCAUUUACUCCAAUUAACUCCAGCAUCACUGGAUACCAUGAUGGAAGCACACUAGUCUCCUCUAGCCCUGUAAAGCCCAUGCAAAGACCAAUGGCCACACAUCCAGAUAAAACUAGACUGGAGUGGAUGAACAGUGGCUACAGUACCAGUGGUGGGAACUCCAAUAAUGGUAUUAGCAUUUUGCCCAGCUACCAAGAUCUGGUGGAGGACCACUUUCGAAAGCCUCAUGCCUUCGGCAUCCCCGGACAGUCCUGUCAGUCGCAAUCCAGACAUCAUGAAAUGCAUAUCAGCCGCUUGACACCCAUUUCCCCUGUCCAGCAGCAAGUGGCAAGCAUGGCCAUCCUCAGUAAGCAAGAGGGUUUUGCUGUCCCAGCCCCCCUUGAUAACAAGGCCAGCACCUCCUCCUCAGGGUCUGUAACUUUCCGUUGCCGCAGCGUUAGCCCAGCAGUCAGGCAGCGCAACUUAAGUGGAACCCAAACACCCAAUGUCCCUCGCUCUGUGGUCUCUCCUUUCAAUUCACCUGUGACACCUGAAGUGCUCAACAUCUUCAGUAAUAAUGAAGCUAAUGCAAGCGUCAGCAGCAUGGCACAGAGGAGUCAGUCCGUUCCACUCACCGUUAUGAUGCAUUCUGAGGAUCUAACAAUGCAAGCAGGAAGCCAGCAGAGUAAUACCAAAAAUAUCACCAAUGUCCUCAUCAGCAAAAUGGAUGGUGAUGGAGAUGACUCAGUACGUGGCCUGGGCAUCAACAACAUGCCCUCCAACUACACUGCCCGCAUGAAUCUCACUCAGAUUUUGGAGACCACCACCGUGCACAGCUUCCCUGGCAGUGCCAGCCACCAAGCUCUGAUCUCACCUUGUUCAUCAGCCUUUGAGUCCCAGAAGCCUGGUUACCUCGUUAAAAAUGCCAGGGAGGAGCCCAUGAGCUUCACUGCAGAAGAAAGCCAAGCACAAUCAGCCUCAGGGGAGCAUCAGCCGCCAAAGAAGCAGCAGCAUUUAGGCAGGCGGCAGUUCCUUGGGCAGAAUCAGCAGAGUCAGAGCAUGCUGUUGCCUCUACAGCAAAACCUCCAACAUCAGCACCAGCAAUCCUUGGAUUUAGACAGCAAUGUUAAAGAUCUUCUAAAUGAGGAAGGCUUGAAUGCUGGCUCACAGCUUGUGGGCCAAGGAUCAGAGCUUAUUGCUGGAGCUUCAGUGUUUUCCAGCGAUAUACGACUAACCUCUGAACACUCCAGUAGCAUAAAUGAUUUAAAUAAUUUGGACACCAACCUUCUUUUUGACCCCAGUCAACAUCAAGGACAAUAUGAAGACUCAACACUGGAAGAACUGAAGAAUGACCCACUUUUUCAACAGAUUUGCAAUGAGACUGUGAAUUCUGCUGGCUUUGACUGGUUGGAGAGCAAAGACCAGGCAACAGUGGAAAUGUUGGGUUAAUUUGUACUUUUGUAUUGUUUUAAUAAUUGGAUAUGUUUUUAUGUAUGUAUUUUUUAAAUCUAAUCUAUAUCUGUAUUUACCACAUUGUUUAGCAACACCCUACAGUAAGCCCCUGAACAUCAAGACAUAAGUCCAUAUUGAAGUGCCAGGCUGAACAAAAAUAACUUCUUUUUUCAAGAAUGCUUAACAUUUAAAAAAAUAUUUGGUGUGACAGUCUGAUUUUUCACAUUUUCCCUUCUCUCCAACACCAGAUUUACAAAGAAGACACAUGUCAGUUUUUAUGCCUCAACGUCUUUUUUAUUUUUGUGUAUUCAUGUUCACAACUUUAUCCUUUGAACAUUUGCAGUCAAAGGGCAUUGUAUGGAGAGUUGGGAAAUCAGGAUGUAUUUUCUUUUUAACCCUUUAUCUUUAGAAAACAUACUUGCAUUUGAAUUUACACCAGCUGUAUGAGGUAUUGCGCCUCAUUCAAUUAGCUUUUUCACGCUGUUAACAUGAAAUCGGUGCUUCCAUGUGCAGAAAAGUGACAGCUUGAACAUAUUACUGUUAUAUAUGUAUUGUCCUUAAUUAAUACAGAUGGGUCUGACUCAUUUAGGAAUAGGAAGUGAAGUGUAAAAAGGGAAGAUCACAUAAGAUAGGUUAAACUUUUAAGGUGAUGCUUAAUUAAAUUCACAAUAUUUACUAUUGAAAUACAGCAGUGUAUACCUGCAGCAGCUGUUCUAAAAGUAAUAAUUAAUUGCACACCAAUGUGCCAUGUUAGAAUUUGUAAUGUGAACCCAGAAGUAAAAUAAGUGAAAUUUGUAGAUUUGUCAAUUGGGAAGUAUGCAUUUACUUGCACAAAAUCAUUUUUGUUAUGUUGGGUGUCUGCUUAAUAAUGCUCAAAGUGAAUAAAUGAGUGCACUUUUAGUAUGUUAAGUUCUAUGUUCUACAAAUUAACAAAAGUGAAAGCUAUAAACAGAUACAUUUCAACCCAAGGAGAGAGGUUUUAUGUGGCAGUACGCUUCCCUAAACUGUACCUCAGGUCUCCCCAACUUCAAUAUUUGAAGGGAUUAAUCAGAUUAUCCCACAGAACAGGUUGGGUUUGAUUUAUAACAAUCAUUGAAAAAAAAAAUGGCACUGGUUAUUGCACUAGCUGGCACCUUUUAUAUUGUAUUUGCAACACGAAUAUGGUUGAGGAAAGUUGUAAAUUUCUUGUUUUAAAUUGAAGUAUUAGAAGCAAAUAUUGGGGGUAAUAGAAACCAAAAUGCCAAAGUGGAUUUUAGCUGUGAAAAAAACAAGGAAAGCUCUGUCAAAAUGUUAUCCUAAAUGUUUUCUUUAUUAACUAUGCAUGUAUGAGGCCAAGAAAUAGAUGAUUUUGACUCUGUAUUGUAUUCAUUUCCCAAACAAUUGAUGUUUAUCAUUCAACAGUUUGCAUAAAUUAGAUUUCGUUAUUAUAAGACUUAUGGAAGUAUAUAUGCUCUCAUGUACCAAACAGACUGCUAGACAUGAAGUGUAUGAAGAUUUGUCAGAAUGCACUUGCCUCAUGUUGGCAUUUUCAUUUACUCUCUGUUUCUCACAACUGAAAAAAAAAAAAAAAAUCAGGUAACUAAGAUUAUUUAAUUUGAUCAUUUAAUUCAAAGGGCCAAUACUCUACCAUAUUGUACUUAAGUACUUGAUAAGUACAGUGCUUUUAAAACAUCAGAACAUAAGAUCUACUUUUUAGCUGAGUGUGGUAGUUCUUGAAGUCCAUCAUAGCCUUACUUCCAUACCAAAGACAAGCUUUGUUAUUAUUAAGAAAAAUAAAGAAGGAAUACAUUUUUAGUAUCACUAGCUUCAAAUUUAGGUCUUACCCCAGCUUUUAAAAUACUUUUACAGCUUUGGAAAUGUCACCCAUGCAGGUUCAUUUUGGGGCCAAGAUUGGGGAUUGAGAAGGGAGAUUAUUUUAUGAACAAUUAUAUAAUUUGCAAAGCAUAAAACCACUGUAGCACUUGAAUUUUAUUUACAGAACAUGCCAGACUACAUUAUCCUGGUAUAGUUUGGUAAUCCUUUGUAGCAGGCCAAUUCUAAGGAGAUUAAUGCAAUGGACUAUUGUAGUUCCAUUUGUUUUGAUGCUCUGUAAAUAUGUUAGAAUUUAUGAAAGAAAAUAGACACUAUUACCAGCUUGACUAAUAUUCAUAUUGGUAAUAUGACUGUAAUGAUAGUGGCCAAUGACCCCUAAAAAACUGGUCUUUUGUUUUUUGAGCCAUGAGCCAAUAGUUUAACUAUGUAAAGUUUUUCUAAAUAUAGCUUGUUUGAGUUUUCAUUAUCAAGCAUUUUGCCUUUUUGUUAACUUUCUCUUUUAUUGAUUAUUAUUUAGCUUCCAUAAUUUAUUUUAUUUUAAAUAGCAUUUUGCCUUGUUGCAGAAGAGUGUGCUUUUGUGUGAAUAUAGCAUGGAUUUUAAAAAAUGUGUUGUGGUUUUAUAUUACCCAAUUGCAUAUCUUUUUUGUGAUGGGAAGGGAUGUAACAGUCAACACUGGAAAUGCAAUGAUUGAAAAUUCACAAAGCUCUAGAGGUUCGUUUUAUUGCACUAAUUUCUCUUAUGAACUAAGGCUUUGAGAACUUCAGUGCAAUACAUGAAACCCCCAGUAUACUGUUUCGAAGAACUAGGGGAGAAGAGAUUCAGUAAAACAUGUUAAUGUUUUUCACCUUUUGAUCUCAGUGAGUUAAGUUCUCACAUGUAAACAUGAGUGAAAGCAAUUGAACUGUUAAUCAUAAAUAUUUAAAGAAUCAAACUUUUAUUAUAUUAUCAAUCAUAAAUGUGCAUUUGUUCACUGUACAUAAUUGUCACGAAUCUUUACUGUAACUUUAGUAUUUCUGUCCAUCAGAAGGAAAUUCUAAAAACUAGUUAUUUGCAUUGUUUUAAAAUAACUCAAACAAUGACCUCUGUGUUCAGUUUUUAUUUUAUACAAUAUGUCUUCAAUGUGUACUUUUCCCUUCCUCUUAAAAUAUGUAUGUGAACAUUUGUUGUUUUGAAAAAGCACUACUGUAUUGACUUUAAUGAAGAGGCAAGCCAGGAUUGUGACUGUACUAUUCUCUGACCUGGUAGAGUUGAGCUUUACCCUUUCUUUCCUACCUUUGCUAUUCCCUCAUGUUGUUAUUGUUUAUGUACAGUCUCUUUAUGUAGUUUGAUAAAUUUGUUAUUACAUCUCAGCAAGAUUUCUUCAUUCUUUUGUAUUGAAAGUGCUUACUGAUGUUGAGAUUUUUUAUGUGGUUUUAAAAACCAAUAAACUUUUGUAAA